UCCUCAGUGGAGGGCGUGAUUUCCGAGGUCUGUGUUGCUAGGGGAAGGGAAGGUGGUGCUGGGGACCUGUUGGAAAUGACGGGAGAAGAAAUCCGAUUUCAAUAUAAAGACCAAAACAGUACGCCUGGAAUAUAGCAAAGAAACGUCACCAGACCUGCGUGCUAAGGGGUGUGAAUAACCAUGGAGACCUUGAUAAGUGCGGUGGCCCCUCGGUCUCCAGCGCCGGUGAAGAAAGCCUCGGAGGUGGAUUUCCGGUCGGGGGUCAUGCUGGAGCAGCUGUCGUCUCAGGUGUCUGAGCUGGUCACCCUGGAGCAGGGGGACUUCGGGGACCAACUGGCCCUGGAGGUCCACACAGCCAAAGACUUUAUCUUCAACAUGCUGGGUCUAGUACAGAAGGUGGACCAGCGUCUCCCAGUGGCCAAUGAGUACCUGCUCCUGUCUGGGGGGGCCAGGGAGGGGGUCCUGGACCUCAACCCAGAGGAGCUGGGGGACUACGCCAAGGGGGCCGACUUCGACCUGGACUUCACCCUCCUGGUGCCGGCGCUCAAGCUCCACGACCGCAACCAGCCCGUCACCCUAGACAUGCGGCAAUCGGCCCCCUGCCACUCCUGGCUGUCCCUGCGUCUGUGUGACCCCAACACUCUGGCCAGGUGGAGCAUCUGCUGCCAGGAGGAGAAUGGAUUACCCCCCGAUGAGGAGGAGGAGGAUGAAGAGGACAGGGGAAUGGGUCACCAAGUCUCUGGUGCUGUUCCCCCCUCCCUCCACUCCCCCCACCAGUCUCUGGAUGGGUGCUACUUCUCUCCCGCGCUGGUGGCUGACUGGUUCUGGGGGGUGGUGGGCGAGGCGGUGGACGAGCUGAGACGUUCACCACAGAGAGGCAUCCCCAUCCCGGAGAGGCUGGAGCGCAAUGGGCCCCUGACCACCCUCAUUCUUCAGGCGGGGUCCAGCCGAGUGCUCUAUGACCUCCUGCCUGUGGUGUCCUUCCGGGGCUGGCCCGCCGUGGCCCAGAGCUGGCUGACGGCCAACCACUUCUGGGACGGGAAGAUCACGGAGGAGGAGGCCAUCUCUGGGUUCUACCUGCUGCCCUGCCCGGCCCCGCUGGGGGGGAGGCCUGACCGGGAGUGGAGGCUGGCCUUCUCACGCAGCGAGGUUCAGCUGAAGAAGUGCAUCCCGUUCCCCAUGGCCCAGGCCUUCCAGGCAGCCAAGGCUGUCCUCUCCCGCCUCCUGGCUCGCCCCCGCACUGGCCUCAGCCCCUACCACCUCCGCACCAUCCUCUUCUGGGCCUGUGACCGCCUGCCCCCCUCCUACCUGUCUUCGCCUGACUCCGACACUCCCGCCCGUCUCCUCCUGGGCCUCCUGGAUGACCUGGCCCACUGCAUCUUGGGUAAGAACUGUCCCAACUACUUCCUGCCCCAGUGCAACAUGCUGGAGCACCUGUCGGACAGCCAAGCCCUGCUGGUGGCCCGGAAGGUGGCUCACGUCCGCUCAGACCCCACCGAGCACCUCCGGGCGGCCCUGGACCAGGCACAGCAGGCAGGCCAGCUCAAGAGGAAGGCGGCGGGCGCCACCAACGGGCAUGGCGGGUCACCUGGCCACAGGUACCCGGCCAGUGGCAUCAUCUCACCCUCGGACGACAAGCUGGCCGCCAGGCUGCAGCAGCUGGUGACAGAAAACCCAGGGAAGUCGAUUUCUGUGUUUCUCAACCCUGAUGAUGUCACGAGGCCACACUUCCGCAUCGAUGACAAAUUCUAUUGACCCGAGGGCCUAGUCUAGUGUUGUGGUAGCCACACACACACACUCUCACACACAAGUUAAAUAGCGGGCCAAAUGUUGGCGAGUCAACCAGGAUGGCUCGAGGCGUGAAACACUGCCGAUCGCUGCUCCCUAUACUGCCCCCUCUUGGCGGCGAAUGAUAACGACGCUAACUAAUAAGCGUUAACUCUGACUCUGUUGUAACUAUAAGACGCUGUACCAAAAAAAUCCAUACUGCACGCUCCCAAGAAGAUGCUAGCUCUAGAGAAACCAACACACUUCUAUCGAUUUAGCGACACCGUGACAGAAAAAGGCUUGUCAAGUGGUUACCACGGAGACCACUGCUCUUUAUGAAGCUUGCCCUAGCGAGAUGUUUUUUUUUUAUUAGCUGGUGCUACAAAGAAAAGAGAAUCGUUUUAGAAUAAAGAAAGGAGCUGCUGCUUACAAAAGGGUACACCGUUUCAUUCUCUUAAGGGUUUAUGCUCUUCUCGUCUCUGCACACUGCUGAGAAUACUGUAUUCCCCCAUUUUUCUGCCCAAUCAGAGUGGAUGAUAGCUGAAUAAGAAAAGGGGUAUCAAGGAACUAUGAUGUAACUGAAUGUAAUUUGGUGUGGGGAAAUGUCUUUGAACAGAGUGUUUACUUUCUUCCCUCUUUCUAUAUUUCUUUUUAUCCCUCGUUCUCUCGACCCUCUGCCCCACUCUCUUUAACUCCCUAUCUCGCUCGUUCGCUAUCUCUCAGGUAUUUUGAAUGUUUGUUUUCUAUGUGACUCCAGACUCCCUCUGGUAGGGUUAUGGUCCCCCAUAUCUACCUGAAUGGUAUAACCCAGGGCGGUCCUUCCAUUUCAACUCUCAUUAUGUGGCGGAAGGCACCAAAGAGCCACGCUGCAGGGGUGUUUUUCGAGGAGCCUUUGGCUCCACCCCAUAACAAAAGGUAUCUGUAUUCACUGACCCAGAGUCAGUCUGUACUGUUAACGCUCAUAUUCCCCACCUUUACAAUCCUGACCAACAUGCAGAUGAGAGAUCACCUUAUCAAUUUGCCUUUUAUCCCCUGAAAGCUUGAAGAAGUUUAAUCAAAUAAGGGUCAUAUCAUAGGGGCUAUCAACUUAAUUCAGUUCCUUUUUAUUACAGUCCCCUUUGAAAGUAUCUUAAACGGUGAGAUGUGGUCAUUUAAACGUUGUAUGAUAUAGACCGACUACCUAUAAGGAGACCGGUUGGGGAGGAGAGGUGAGGCAGGGUUGGCCGGCUGCUUGAUUGUAUUCUAAUCUCUACGUUACAGCAUUACAGUACAGCCAUGGCAUGGCUAGCCACAUCAUGUAAUCCCCCUGAGGCUGGUGUAAGGGCUAUUUGCUUUGUUCUACUUUUUUAUUUAUUCCGUCUAGUGUUUGUGUGUGUGUUAAGAUGGGGAGGUUAAGGUUUUUGUUUGAAUCCCCCCAGAAAAGUAUUUUGUAUUGUGUUCUCAGAUGUUUAAUUGUGAGAGACUUGACUGGUUUUUGUGAUGGUCCCCCCUCCUGCCUAGCAGGCCUGUUUUAAUAAGGUGUGUGUGUGAUCAUUGGACGACUGAUCGAGGUCUUUAAAUGUGCUGAUGUAAUGAGGGAUGGAACGGGAACAAAUGCGCAGCAGGACUCAAGCACGCAAAUGUCCUAGCUACCCAUCUACCUUCAUCUCUUUCUGUGUGUGGGGGUCUUGGGGGCCCUAUCUUGUCCACCCAGAUGUGUGCUGUUAUCAGGGGGAUGGAUGGGGAGACAGGCCAGCCCCUGGCCCUUUGUAGAGAUGAGCCCUAAAGGAAGUUGCCCCUGGGACCUGGGACAGCUGCUUGUCUCUCUCUCUCUCUCUCUCUCUUCAUCCCGCUCUCCGUACUGCUCCUAUCUCUCUAUAUAAUGUAUGUUUCUCUCUCUCUCUCUCUCUCUCUCUCUCUCUCUUCAUCCCCCUCUCCGCUCUCCGUACUGCUCCUAUCUCUAUAUAAUGUAUAUGUUUCUCUCUCUCUCUCUCUCUUCAUCCCCCUCUCCCCUCUCCGUACUGCUCCUAUCUCUCUAUAUAAUGUAUAUGGUUCUCUCCGUACUGCUCCUAUCUCUAUAUAAUGAAUAUGUUUCUCUCUCUCUCUCUCUCUCUUCAUCCCCCUCUCCCCUCUCCGUACUGCUCCUAUCUCUCUAUAUAAUGUAUAUGUUUCUCUCUCUCUCUCUCUUCAUCCCCCUCUCUGCUUUCUGUACUGCUCCUAUCUCUAUAUAAUGUAUGUUUCUCUCUCUCUCUCUUCAUCCCCCUCUCCCCUCUCCAUACUGCUCCUAUCUCUAUAUAAUGUAUAUGUUUCUCUCUCUCUCUCACUGGUUGAACACCGUUAAUGAAAUAUCAUUGUGGACAUGAAUGUUCAUUCUCACAAUAUCAGAACACUAGAGGUCAAAGAGAACUGUUAUUUAGGAUUCUUUAGAAUUCUACAUUCUCUAGAACGUGAUAGAAUCACCGUACUACUGUAUUGGUACUACUUGUAUACAUUGGUAUUGCUAUUUGAACAGCAUCAGUUAGUGGAGCGAUUUAGGAGCUACUAGUGAAUUGUGUUGUCACUUCUGUUCUGUAUAGCCUUGGUACAGGUGAGUGUGAAUAUGGACACCUUGACAAACCAAAGCAUGUAGUGACGGUUACUAUACAGAAGAAUGUAGACCCAGACGAUAGUUAAGUGUGGGUAUGUAAACUGCCAAGAAUCAGGUGUGUGUGGUCCUAGCACUUUCAUGGUGGGGGGUGGGGGGGGGGGUCUUCGACACACCACAGCCCGAUGUUGUAAGAAUGUUUGUGAACGUUGCAAGAAAACGUAUCAACGUUGUCAGGACGUUUUUGAGUCGUCCUUUAGAGAUUUUUCUCCUUCCUGAAAUACUCCCCUACGUUUUAAAACACACCAACAGUCCAACGUUAUGGUGAGGUUGUUUGAACGUGGUGAAAGCUGUUUGACAGUUCCUCUAAAGUUUUAAAUCCAGUGUUGUUUGAAGUUUGAAAUAUGCACUGUCAAGAGUGUCUCUCACGAUAUACCUUAAUCUGCCUAGUUUGUGGGCAUAGAAAGUAGUAUGAAGCUUGAAUCAAUAUUUAGCCUCUUUCUGUGAAAAAUGUAAACACACUUUGAUCCUGGUGCAGAAUAUCAAUAUAAAAAGUUAAUGGCAGCAGUUCUAUGCAAUUCUGUACCCAAUCUCACUUGGACUGUCUGCCGUAGAUUGAGCUGUUGUGCCCUUUUCAUCUACAGGGAUGAUCAUGUUUAGUCUACGUAGAAAUCAAUUAGUUCUGCCCGGGGUUUCUAUACCUCUUGAAUACGAAAUGUGUGUUCGAUGAUAUGACAUUAUCAAACAUUCAGACAUCCUUCUCUCAUUUGCUUUCCUGUUUGAAAUCUGAUAUCACGUAACAGUCGGAGGCAACUAAGUCAUGCAUUGAUAACGUCGAGGCAAUGUGAGGUCACUGUACUGCUUAAACUACUAAACGUUCUAUUAUUUGGUGCUUAAACUACUAAACGUUCUAUUAUUUGGUGCUUAAACUACUAAACGUUCUAUUAUUUGGUGCUUAAACUACUGCUAAUUGUUUUUGAUUGAAAAUAAACCAUGAUUGUAACACUUUUUUCCACUGGAAUCACUCAAUCAAUUCAAAAUACAGUUCAUCAAAGCUAUCCCGACCUAAUUACGGUAUACAAGAGCUGCAGUAUCAACGACUCCACUCCAUGUCUGGAACUAUUUGCACUUUUAAAACUUUCCUCUUCCUCUAUAAAGUGCAAAUGAAGUUGAUUGUCUCUUAUCAUGUGACUGUUACUGCGGUGUUAUUUCAUUUGGGAUGCUUUGAAUGAUGAUCUUGAAUGGUACUGCCGUAGCAUGAAAUAAAUCUCGACAUCUCCAUCCUCA